AUGCUACCAACACCAGAAGGUCUAACUGAAGACAGAGUUAGAAAAAUUAUGGAGAUAGUGGCCAUGAAAGUCGGUAUAGGGGCAGAACUAUACGUACCAAAAAGACAGGCAGAAAAGAAACCACAACACCCCAAAAGCGAUACAGGCAUAGUAGUCGUCAAACCAGGAGCCAACAAAUCUUACGCUGACUUAUUGAAAGAAGUAAAGCGAGAGGUCUCAAACUCUACCUUCCCGUUACAGGAGCCGGAAGCCAGAAUAGGAGGCAGCGCAAAAAUUCUGAACAUCAAUGGAAUAGAUGCAGUGACAGAAAAGGAGGAAGUAGUCAUAAAAGACCAAAUAGGAGAAUUAAAUGCGAUAGACGACAGCAUAAUGGUUAAAUCAUUACGAUCUACUAUGAGGGGGAACCAGAUUGUCGAUGCUGACGAAGAGUUAGCAGAAAAACUAUUAAGCGAGGGAAGACUGCGGCUCGGGUGGCUUAACUGCCCUAUAAGGGAUAGAGUGGAAAUACCACGUUGCUACAAGUACCAACAGUUCGGCCACUUAAGGGAGGAGUGUAAAGGCGAAGACCGUGAAGGGGACUGUCUGAGAUGUGGACAAAAAUGA